AUAUGUGCCCUCAAUUUCACAAUUAGGUCUACCGCCUCCCCUUCAUAAUAUCUCUUCUCCGAUAGGUAUAAUUUCCGUCAUCUUCUUCAAAAUCACAACUCUUGUAUGAUUAGGAACAUCUAUCACAGGUUUUGGAUCGCUGGGCAGUCUCCACCAGUUACUGUUCACUACCGCUCUCAAACCCUUGCUUUCACCUUGAAUUUUUUGAAUUUUUGGACCGAUUCUUAGAGCUCUAGAAUCGUUUUGGGCAUGGCAAUCCAUUCUUUAGCUCAAUUUGACGUUUUGGGCGCUGGAUUGAGCAAGAAUCGCAGGUCAAGCUUCUCGAGUUACUGUUCAUCUGCGACUUUUGAAGGUUCAAUUCACCUCGGUCCAAGCUCAUUUGAAGGCCAAUUUUUAGGGGAUUAUGGGCGACUUGGGAUGCUCUUUCAACACCUGAAAUUGGUUUUCCAAACCGGUUGAAGGAAGCUGCGAAUUGAGCAAAAAUUUUGGACUCGGAGUCACUGUUCACAGCGAGUUCUUCAAGUCCAGGUUUACCCAUGCUUUUUGCUCGUUUUCCAUCCCAUUUUCUGGUAUUGUGUUCGUGAUUCAAUGGCCAUUCAAUGUCUGGUGUUGGAAUCCUAAUUCAAACAACUUGAUUUUGGUCUCUUUGAUUUGGUUGCUCGAGUUACUGUUCACGUUCUAUUUGAAAUUGUGAAGUUUUGUUUUUAGAUAUGAGAAGUAAAAUUAUAUGAGAAGUUUUCUUUGAACGUAGAAAUGUACAAUAUCUUUCUGCUCACUUCAGUUGGUUGUCUGUUAACAAGUUAUUAAAAUCUCCCGAUUCCCAUAGAAAGAAAAAGAGCUUGAGAAAGGAAUAUGGAAGAAUUAUACGAUGUAUUGCUUUCUUCACUUCCGGAAUACUUGCCUUCAUGCCUCUUGAUUUGUCUUUUGUCUUAUAAUACGAAAAUAUUUAAAAGAAACUCUAUUCCCAACACUGGUUUUUUCCCUAAAAAGUCAUAUUAGAGCUGAGUUUCAAUUUCCAGGAGUAUUUGAGUUGAAUAAAUAUGAGUAGAAUGGAAUUAUAUGCAUUUUAUAUUUUGUAAAUAAUCUUGUAUUUCUAAAGAGUCGAGAAUGUCUUCAUAUUUUCUAAAUACUUAUAUGCAUUUUGUAUUUUGUAAAUAAUCUAAUUUACAGAUGAGAUAGAUAGAGUGCAGAUUGAUGAGGCUACAGUUUUGCGUGAACUAGGUUGAACAAGCUGUAAAGUUGGAAGAUAGAAGCAGAUUGAUGAGGCUGCAGCUUCUAAAUAUGCAGAGGUUUAAACUUUGCUUAUUUAUGACCUUGCAGAUGAGGCUACCUGUAUAUUUUGUUUAAUAGGCCAAUUGUUUUGCUCUUCAACUUCAAUGUUUCACAUUAUUGCUUCUUUACUUUAAUUUGAAUCAUCAAAUCUGAUUUUUUUGUAUUCAUAUUUAAAAUGGAUAUAGAAGACAUAAUUCAAUCAUUAGGUGGAGACCUUUGUCCAAUUGAAGCGGGAUUGGUGAAGGCAACCACUGACCAUCUCUUAACGAUCAUUGAGGUAUGUGUUCUCCCUUCAGUUAUUGUCAAUCUAAAUGACUUGAUGUUAGGUUUAGAGUUUUUUCUACUCUAAAUUGAUGGCUGAUAUUAUGAUUUUGAUUUUACUGAUGGAGUUAUCUAAGUAUAACAAAUCCAAGUAUCUAAAGCUACUUUUUGAUUUUUGUUACGAGUUGUUGAGAUAAUCAAGCUAUUUAAUUCCAAUUAUGAUGAUGACAACACAUCACUCUUCGAGUUUUUAUUAACAACUUUUGCACCAAUUUGAAGCUACUGCACAAAGAUGAAAAUGUCACUGGUUUCUAUUCAUUUUUUAUUGUCUCUCUGUGAUUUCUUUGAGUUCAGUUUGCCUCAAAUGAGAUAGAUAGAGUACUCUAUACAACUAUGUUGUAGUCGAUGUUAAUUAAUUACUCUGUAAGUUUUGUCUAGAUUUCUACAUACAUUAAGUGAGCUAGAGCUUUCUGUGUUUCUUUCUGUGUUUCGGAUUCAGAGUCUAAAAACUAGUGACCAGUCGGUUUAGACCUCAAAUGCCAAUUCCAGGUUAUGGGUUGUGUCCUAUUCAUCAGCACUUAACCAUUACAGCUCCAUGAAAAAACCAGUACAACCUGGGCAGUCCUAGUAGCCGAAGCAAUGCAAGGAAGGCAGUGAAGAACAAGGCUACAAACACUAGCAGGUUCAUGAUGCAAUUUAUCACACACAAGCUCAGUUGGUUAUCCUAGAAUUUAGCUUCUAAAUAUGGUUGUUGGUUAUCAAUUCUUGGGUUUGGUUUCAAUUUUGUUUUACCAGCUUUGGUGUAUGUUUAUCUAGGUUCGACUAUGAUAUGUAGCCCUUGGUUUUGGUUUUUAUUUGGGCAAUGUUUUUGAUGUAGGGAAUAACUUUUAGCUUUUCUCGAGGGGCUUUGGUUUGG